AUGAUUAGAACUGCCAGAACAGGCCUUACGGCGGUCAGAACUCUUCGUAUCACGACCAACCAGGACUCCUUCAAGGCGCCCUUUGUUCCCCUUGUGGCUAACGGGUUCCUGCAGGCAAUCGGCAACACGCCGCUCAUUCGGUUACCCCGGAUUUCUGACUCCAUCGGCAGAAACGUCUAUGGAAAAGCUGAGUUCAUGAACCCUGGCGGUUCCAUUAAAGAUCGUGCUGCUAAGUUUAUUCUCGAUGAAGCUGAGGCCAAAGGCUUGGUCCAGCCUGGCGGGACAAUUGUCGAAGGCACUGCUGGAAAUACCGGUAUUGGUUUGGCCCAUGUUUGCCGUCUGCGUGGGUACAAUUGUGUGAUUUACAUGCCAAACACUCAAUCUAAGAAUAAGAUUGAGACGUUACGUCUUUUGGGUGCUGAGGUUUACCCCGUGCCUGCGGUUGCGUACGACAAUCCAGAGAACUAUAACCAUCAAGCAAAGAGACACGCAGAGAGACUUGAGAAUGCUGUUUGGACUAACCAGUUCGAUAAUAUUGCCAACAGACAGGCUCAUAUUGAUGGCACGGGCCCGGAGAUUUGGGCCCAGUUGGAUGGCAAAGUCGAUGCAUGGACUUGUUCUACAGGUACUGGCGGUACGUUUGCUGGUGUGACCAGGUACUUGAAGCUGAUGGACGAGAAGGUCAAGUGUGUUUUGGCGGACCCUCCAGGAUCUGUUUUGUACUCUUAUAUUAAGAGCAACGGUAAGGAGAUUAUCAGAGGUGGUUCUUCGUUCACUGAAGGUAUUGGUCAAGGUAGAGUUACCGAGAACUUGAAGCCAGAGAUUGAUCUUUUGGAUGAAGCUAUUCAGAUUUCUGACGAAAAGUCUAUUGCCAUGCUUUACAGGUUGCUUGACGAGGAGGGAAUUUAUGUGGGCGGUACGUCUGCGUUGAAUGUUGUUGCAGCCAUGGAGGUGGCCCAGACGUUGCCAGAGGGCUCUAACGUGGUGACUGUUUUGUGUGACAGUUGCCAUAAGUAUUCUGACCGGGUCUUCCUGCAGGAAUGGCUCAAGAGCAAGAACUUGUGGGACGCCAUUCCUCAAGAGUUGCAAAAGUACGCUGUUCUUCCAUAG